AUGGAGUCUUUGGAAUCGUCUGCAGAAGAAUGGGCAGAUUUUGUUGUGGGUCAGUUUUAUGGACUACCUCCACCUAUGGGAAGAAUAAUUGGUGUCUCCAAUGCUAUGUGGUCGCGUAAUGGUCCGAAGGUCAGAGUACAAGAUGUCGGAAAUGGUACCUAUCUCUUCAAAAUGCCGAAUCGCCGCUCCAGAGAUCUGGAAAUGAGUAGGCAAAUUUGGCAUGUAGGAUCAUGCCCUAUGUUCGUGUCGGCAUGGAGCCCCUAUCAUAUAGCUACGAAGCCAACGCUGACCUCGAUCCAAACGUGGGUAUCUUUUCGGAAUUUACCACACCAGAUCUAUACCACAGACUGCCUCAACCGGAUUGCUACUGCCGUUGGGCGCCCUCUAUACCCGGAUAAAACAACAGCUGCAAAGGAAAAUGUCAUGGUUGCCAGGAUUCUUAUAGACGUCAAUUUGCAAUGUGUUCCACCAAAAAAUGUAGUGGUGACAUUACCGGGCGGACAGGAACACAUCAUCGACAUUUACUAUGAUUGGUUACCUCCUACAUGCAGUAAAUGCUCGGAACUAGGGCACAACCACAACCAUUGCCCUCAAUCUCCACCGUCUGUUGCAUCUGAUCAGCCUUAUGAAAGUGAGAAACGGAGGCCUGAAUUGCCAGUGUCAGAAUCACGACAGGAUGAAGCAAGGAAGCAGCAAGGACAGACACGACAGCUCUCCGGCGCCAGGCAAUCUGAGCUGGACCAACCACCACAAGUACAGCCAUCGGCGGGGGCUCCGUUAGCCACGGCUUCGAACCAACCAUCAAUGGCAAGUCCGACAGCAUCAGUCCAAGAUCAGCCGCCAGUGGCGCCUCUGCUGGCCCUAGUAUCGGGGACUAGUGGUAUCUUAACCACCGACCAAAACCCGACCGAGAACGCGAACACUGUUGCUAUAGCCACCCCUGUAACUAGCAAAUGCAACCCGACCAAAUCAGAUAACCAGGGAUUUACGGUGGUUACUAGGAAGACUCGUGGCCAAGGGGCCACGAGAAGAAUCUGA